AUGCCAGGGGGCAAAGAGGAGAGAGGUAAGGGUUUCGUAGGUCAAGAAUGCAAGUUGCAAAGGCAUAGCCUCGACAUCCUGCUGUGCAUUGUCGAGAACGGAAUGGUCUUCAGCCUCGCGGGUGUCCAGGUUACGAUGCUUUUUAGAGGGGAGCUCUUCAAUGUACCUAAAUUGGCCACCCCAGGCCAGGCCAUAAGGCUCCCAGCAAUCAGUAAGCUCUUGAAUAGGCUGCACAUCGCGUCUGAUCGUACGGGGAUCGUGAACUCAUCCUCAUCCAAAGUCUCCCCUCUAUCUACUCUGUCGCGCGCGCCUAGAAAAAGCAAACCAAGAACAUACAUCCAGUACUUGCCCCAUACGUUGUCGCAGCUCGAUCCGUGGACCCGCCAAAACCAGUGCUCUGCGCAGCACGGCCCAAUCCAGUCUCCCAUCCACAAUUCAUUUGAGCCUCGGCGGCUUCUGAGACUCGAAGACAGCGUCAAGAACGUCCUCAAGCCCUCGCGAUAA